AUGGAGGUGCCGCUUGUUAAUUUUGAGAACAUGGAUGAUGUCGGCAUCAACUUGGGAGACCCGAGUGACUCAGGAUACCCGACUUCACCUACCUCAGAGGCCCCUGAUCAGAAUCUUUUACCCCAUCAUAUGACUUCUCCCCACCAGUCGCCACAUAGAGGACGAAGUGACCAUCAGCCUGCUCAAGAAGGAUUGUCACCGUCCACUCCUCUGACUCUGACCACUAAAGCUAACUCCAGCAGUGGAAGUUUGAUCUCUAAUCUGAAGCUUCUGAUCAACAGUGAGUCUCCCACCGACAGUGUCUUCAGUAAGAUGGUGAAAGAUUGCUAUGAGAGUGAAGACUUGUUUGAAAAGCACUGCGUGGAAGAAAAAGAUGAGAAAGUUGUCAUCAAUAUUUCCGGCCUAAUGUUCGAGACCCAGCUCAGCACCCUGAAUAAGUUUCCAGAAACGCUGCUUGGUGAUCCUAUGAAGAGGAUAAGCUUCUUCGACCCAAUGAGAAACGAGUACUUUUUUGACAGAAACCGCCCGUCCUUUGAUGGUAUUCUGUACUACUAUCAGUCAGGGGGGAGAAUCCGCAGACCAGCCAAUGUUCCAUUAGAUGUUUUUGCUAAUGAAAUCGUUUUCUAUGAGUUAGGUCACGAAGCCAUGGAGCAGUUCCGUGAAGAUGAAGGAUUCAUCAAAGAGCCAGAGGUCCUUUUGCCCACCAACGAACUGCAACGACAAUUCUGGCUCCUGUUUGAAUACCCAGAAAGCUCCAGUGCAGCCAAAUCUGUAGCUCUGGUUUCUGUGUUUGUCAUUGUCAUUUCUAUCUUCAUUUUCUGCCUAGAGACUCUGCCAGAGUUCAGGGAAGACAAUGACUUUGUUCAAGGUUUAACACAAUAUGUCAAUGGGACUGAAGAAAGUUCAUCUCCUCAUUCUGCCACUAAAGACCUGAUUGCAUAUUUCACCGACCCAUUUUUCAUUGUGGAAACUAUUUGUAUCAUCUGGUUCUGCUUUGAAGUCUGUGUCCGUUUUGUGGUGUGCCCCAGCAAAAGUGACUUCUUCAAUAACAUCAUGAAUAUCAUUGACAUAGUCUCUAUAAUUCCCUACUUUGUAACCCUGGGAACAGAGCUGGCUACGACUCCUGAUGAUGAUGUGAACGCUGGUCAAAACAUGUCCCUAGCAAUCUUAAGAAUCAUUCGUCUAGUGAGAGUUUUCAGAAUUUUUAAACUCUCCCGACACUCAAAAGGGCUUCAGAUCUUGGGGCAGACCUUGAAGGCCAGCAUGAGGGAACUUGGGCUGCUCAUCUUCUUCCUUUUUAUAGGAGUCAUCCUAUUCUCAAGUGCCAUCUACUUUGCAGAAGUGGAUGAGCCCCAGACACAGUUUGUCAGCAUCCCUGAUGGCUUCUGGUGGGCUGUGGUGACAAUGACCACUGUGGGAUAUGGCGACAUGUGCCCCAUCACAAUGGGAGGCAAAAUGGUUGGCACCCUCUGCGCCAUUGCUGGGGUUCUGACCAUUGCCUUGCCCGUCCCUGUCAUCGUCUCCAACUUUAACUAUUUUUACCACCGUGAAACUGAGCAGGAGGAGAAACAGAUAAUGGAUGCAGCAGCAGAGGCUGCCCAGAAAGCGUCAGCUGCAAACAAGUAUGGAAGCACACCUUCACUAAACAAAAGUAACGGCACCUGGCAGAAUGAGAAAAAUGGCAUGCACUGA